UAUUAGUGAUGAUGCAGCUCGCCAUCUGGGAAAUGAAUAUAUGGAAAAGUAUGAAGCUGUUCUGAAGGGCCACACUUUUUCCAGUGGAAAAUCAGAAGAGAUCAGUCACCCAAAAUCUAUGCAUGCUUGGAAAACAUCUUCAGAUGAUAAUGACUACCAUCCAGCUACUUUUAUGGAUGAUUCACAAGAACGUCGUAUCUCAAGUACCACUGCGAAUGUAAUAGGACAGGAUCUGAAUGUGGAGAAACUGCAGAUCAGGGGUGACAGGAAGAGGAAGACAGAUGAUCUUUAUCAUCAUAAAACAGCACUUCCUGGUAGAAGAAAGCCAUCUGCACCUAUGCCUCUGAACGAAUUCAGCCAACCUGUUGAGGUGAAAGCUGCUUCCUUUGCUUCUGACUGUGGUAGAUCAUUGGAAAUGGAAUUAAAGCAGACGCGUGGCAAUAGAAGAAUCGACCAUGAACCACAAGCUUAUUUAUCCUCCUUCAGAACUGCAGGACAGCAGUUGGAAGCUGAAUAUCUGACGAAGUAUGGUAAGAGAGAGGAGUAUUCAUAUGGCUUAGCUUCUGGCAGCUUGUCUGUGCAAUCAUAUGGCAACCAGAAGAAGUCACUUGGAGCCAGGCGUGCUCCUAAUGGAAAGUUCAUACCGCCAGUACUGGGCCGAAACCAAGAGGAUUCAGGGGGUGGGACAAUGAUGAGAAGGGAUGGGGCAGGAGACAAUAUGCUGGAGGACGAGGAAGUUGAUGAACGGCUACGGCACAUUGACCCAAAAAUGGUCGCUCUUGUUAGAUCGGAGAUUAUGGAGCAUGGACAACAUGUUUCUUGGAAGGAUAUUGCUGGACUGGAGUUUGCAAAGAAAACUAUAAAGGAAAUAGUCGUGUGGCCAAUGCUGAGACCUGACAUAUUUACUGGCUUAAGAGGUCCCCCAAAAGGACUGCUGCUCUUUGGUCCUCCAGGCACAGGCAAAACACUUAUUGGCAAGUGCAUCGCAAGCCAGUCCAAGUCGACGUUUUUCAGCAUCAGUGCAUCCUCACUGACAUCUAAGUGGAUUGGUGAUGGAGAGAAGAUGGUGAAAGCACUGUUCGCUGUGGCACGAUGUCACCAGCCAGCCGUGAUAUUCAUCGAUGAGAUCGACUCUCUGCUUUCCCAGCGCAGUGACACUGAGCAUGAGGCCUCGCGCCGAAUCAAAACGGAGUUUCUUGUGCAGCUAGAUGGCGCCACAACAACCGACGACGAGCGCCUGCUCGUCGUUGGUGCGACAAACAGACCACAGGAGAUCGAUGAGGCGGCUAGGCGAAGGCUGGUGAAGCGACUGUACAUUCCACUGCCUGAUGUACUGGCAAGACAGCAGAUUGUAGAAAAAUUACUGUCUGGCCAGGAGCACCAGCUCAUCAAUGAAGAUUUAGAGAGCAUAGCUAGUAAAACCGAAGGGUAUUCUGGAGCAGAUGUGGCCAACCUUUGCAGGGAGGCAGCGCUCGGUCCAAUCAGGAGCAUCGUUGACAUUGAAACUAUCAAAGCAGAUGAGGUUCGGCCUAUCAUCAUGCAAGAUUUCUUGGACGCGUUGGAGCAUGUUCGCCCAAGUGUUUCUGAAAAAGAUCUUGUUUCUUAUGUGGAGUGGAAUAGGAUGUUUGGCAGUGGUGGGAACGUGAUAUAAGUAUUGAAUUGUACCAAUGUACUUGUAAACUUAUGUAUUACCCAAAAUAUCACCAAUUUUGGCAGGCUAUGGUGUUGUAAAAUUUGUGUCAAAAACUAAAUUGUAGAAGUUCUAUUGUAAUAAUUGUUGCAACAUGUAAUAACAUUUCAAACAUGUAAGUGUGUUUUCGCCUAUACUUCUGUCUAUAGGCUUAUUAAUUGUAGUUUUACAGUAACAUUCAAUAUGUACAGUUAUCUUAUACUUUCCAUAUAAUUAUUAUCAAAUUAAAAUAAAAUUCAAACUCAACAAAAUA